CUGUAUAACUGUAGGGAUUAAUUAUUGGUUUGCAUUAAUGAAUGAUUACAGCUAAAGGUUAUUUGGCUUUUCAUUUAUAUACUGACUCGGUUGGGCUUCACCUGAAACAUAUUCAUAAUCAUGUGCUUAAAAUGACAAAUUUGACAUCAUAAACUAAAACACAGUUUUUAGUCAGACUUAUGUAUAAAUGUCUAACUGUAUUUCCAUCUAUGUAUAAAACAGGUUUUCAAAUACAGAUUAUGUUGUUAUUCCUGCACAAUCAUCAGUGGAAACAAACUGCUCAGCCAGAUUCGCUGAAAAUGAUUUGUAAAAUUUUACAGGAAGUGCAUUUUCUGUGCUUCAGCCAAUCACCAUGAUUUCCACUUUGUAAGCCUUGAUCACCUUGUGACUAAAUCUUCCUUUGAGUCAGAAGAUGUCAGUUAUGCAACAGAAGGCUGAAGGACCACAAUGAUCGGAAGACUGCUCUCUUUGAUUCUUCUAAGUACAGUGUCUCUGAUUGAGAUGAAUGAGGGACCUCAGCAGAUCUCUUUGAUUGUGGUUAAACCUGGAGAUAAUGUGACUCUGACAUGCGAUGUCAGUAAGGAUUUGAAUGCCUUGUUUUACUGGCAUAAGCUGAAUUUUAAAUUUAUUAUUGAAAAAAUUGCCUCAUACAGUUUUGGCAAAAUGUUAUUUGAGGAAAAAUUUAACAACUCAAGAUUCAGUGCCACAAAAGUAGCAAAUGUGCAUUUUCUUACCAUAAGAAAUGUAAGCAAAGAACAUGAAGCAACAUAUUACUGUCAAGCAGGAUCAUCAUUCAAAAUUAAAUUUAUUAACGGCACAGUUUUGACAGUGAAUGAUCCUAAAACUCAGAAAUCUGUCACCGUGAAACAAACUCCAGAUGUUGAGUCAGUCCAUCUGGACGACACAAUGACUCUGCAGUGUUCACUCCUCUCCAGGAACAAAAAUGACACAGUUGAGUGUCCAGGUGAAGAUAAAGUGCACUGGUUUAAAGGGGGAUCAGAAUCCCAUCCAGGCAUCAUUUACCAUGGCGGGAUCAGAAAGAGAGAAAAAGGGAGAUGUGACUACAGUCUGUUACGAACUAUAAUGAGCUCAUCUGAUGCUGGGACGUACUACUGCGGUGUGGCCACAUGUGGAGAGAUCCUGUUUGGUGAAGGAAUUAAAAUGGAGAUAAAUGGGUUCCCGCUCAUUAAUGUGCUUGUGAUACAGGCAACACUGCUGACCUGCUCUGUGAUUGUGAAUUUGGUUCUGAUUCUCGCCAGAAAGAAAAAACAAACUUGUGAACACUGCAAAGGAAAAGUAACAGGCUCCAAUAAUGCUGAACAGGAAAAAUCCCCAGCGGAUCAAGCGAGCAGUGAGGAUGGUGAAGAAGUAGAACUAAACUACGUGGCCCUGGAUUUCCCCACAAGAAAAUCCUCAAGAUGGAAAAGUAAGAAGGAGUCACCAGAAUACACCAUAUACUCUGGCGUUAGAGAGUGCCAGUAAAAGGCUGUCCCCAUGAAGAAUGAGUAUUUAAGGCUGAGACAGCUGUGAUUCCUCUGGGGUGAAUGAAAUGUGAUGGGAUCAAGAAUAAAAUUAUUUGCUUCUUUUGUUGUAAGACAGAAAAUUUAAUUCCACUUUAUGAAAAUAUUUUGUCAAAAUUUGUGUUUUUGGACUCUGUACUGAUUAAAUAGGUGGAUUUGUUAAUAAAUGCAGUGUAUGUUUAUUGCAAUGC